AUUCCAGGCGAUCCAUUUCCAGAAAAAAUUGCGGGAAAACUUCGACUAUAUAGCAUGCAAUACUGUCCCUACUCAAUGAGAGUGCAAAUGAUAUUGGCGAAGAAGAAUGUUGAUUACGAAAUUAUUAAUAUUGAUCUACUAAACAAGCCAACAUGGUUUAUGGAAAAAUAUCCAUUCGACUCUUUUCCGGUUUUGGAACAAGAUGACAUACUUCUUGCGGGAUCUCUUGUAAUCGCAGAAUAUAUUGAUGAAAAUUAUUCCAAGCCGGGUGAGCGCACUAUUCCACAAGAUUCUUAUGAAAAGGGAAGAAUAAAUAUGAUGAUUGUGGAUAAGUUCACAAAGGCAAUCAGUGCUAUUUACCAAGGUCUGAGAAAAAAAGAAAACUGGGAGGAAAACUUCAAUAUACAUGUUGGUGAACUGGAAAAAAUUCUUGAAACAAACAAAUUUUUCAAUGGAGAAGAAUUAGGAUAUGCUGAUUAUAUGGGUCAUCAAGGAAUCGACGAUGUUAUGUCCACCGGUAAGUUUACGAAAUUAGAACAGUGGUUGAAAACAGCAGCGCAAGAAGAAACCAUCAGAAAAUGUGAUACAAAGCCAGAAAUUCUCGGGAAGUUUUUAACUGGAUAUACCACCGGAACUUUUGAUUUUGAUUUCAACAUAUAG